AUGCGAAGACUGGAGGAAUAUAACGCUGCCGUCGGAGAUUUGAACAACGCAUAUGAGAGAUUCGUCCUCGAGUAUGCUCAAAUUGACGAUCAGAUACGCAAGCUGUGGCUGCAACUGCAGCAGGAGCAACAUAAGCUCCUGUUGUUGUCGGAGCGGAAGCACAAAUCUAUGACCGACAAUGACCGAGAGCGCGAGAAGGGCCAAGUGAAGGGCAUGGCUAUAACCAAGAAAGCGGUGGAAGCUGUUCGCCGGCGGCCUGUGUUCCCGGAGCCCGUGGUCGGGCCACACAGAUCGCAGCGGCGUCACAGGAGCCACGGUGGGUUCCAAAUUUUCUUCAGUUCAGGGGUACCGGGGCGGCUCGGCACAUUCCGGCGGUACGAGACGCCGCCAAGUAGCUGUGAGGAACUACGAAAUCUCAGUCGAUUCGCCAAUGACGACGCGCAGAGACCGACGCGACAGAGAGCGAACACAAGCGCUUUCCCGUUCGGCUGGCGACGCAAGGCAGAAACCACCUCCACUCCCGCCCCGCCUGCUAUCUCUGCUCCUCUCCAAUGGGAGGCUCUGAUAGAGGCACUUACCCCGCCCGCAGUACCUUCCCUCAGCUACGCCAAGUCGUUGGCGACCGCUCUCGGGGCCCUCGACGCGCAUUCUCCACCUCCACGUCUCGCCGCGCUCCAACCCAUUCUCGCGUCCCUAUGCUCUUGCGAGUCCCCGACGCCUCUUCAGGCCGCCGGAUACGACAUCCUCGCCGCCUACUUGGAGGGAAGUGGCUCUGCCAUCAUCACUACCGCGGAUAGGCUCUCCUGUCUCUCGCUGUUCAUCGAUGUGCCGUGGUCGCAGGAGCUUUGGGAGUCGCGGACGAAGGCGCUCUCGGCUCUCAUCGCCUCAGGGUCGCAUGCCGUGGGCAUGGAGGGCCCCAUAUUGCGUAUGCUCGAGAGUUGGAUCGAGCGCGCGUUUGAGGGGCUCACGCGGACGGAUGCCAUCUCGCACGAGGACAGACUGGAACGUCAGCGCAGCGUCCAGUCCCUCACUACCUUCCUCACAAACCUUGUGCGCAGGCCCGAAUUCGUCUCGCGACUCACGGAGGACGAUACGGCAGGUGUAUUGGAUCUCUGGGAGCGUCUGGUCGAUAGGUCUCUGGCUGUCCCUGUGGAGUAUCUCAACCUGGUCUCGCCUCCAAGUUCUCCGUUUCUCGAGCCCCAGUCCUCAAAAGCGGCCUCUCCGCCAAAGCUCUCCCUCUCCCAUCGGCGUCACCAUUCGUCUACAUCACUUCCGAAGCUCUCCCUCCUCAAGCACCCAGCUGAUAUCAUAGUCGACGCGUACUUGACAUACCUGUCUGAACGGCUCGUCGCUCUUGCGCCCAGCUUCCUGACGUCUAUCCUACCUCUCCUCUUCCGCUCACUCGCGUUCUACUCUACACCGCUUCCUCGUAUCUCUCUUCAACCUAGCGUCCCACACCAAAAUACUCUGGAGCAGAAGAUAUCAGACGUCCUUGCGAAGCUCGUCGGGGGUCCGUAUGCGUCGUCUUGCAAAGUCCUCCUCAAGCGCCAUUUCUUCCCAUCUCGGCAAGUAUCCUUGCAGAGCUCGAUACAAGCGGCGGCUGGUGCCAUUCGGACGCUACGGAUCUCGCUCAGGCGCGUGCUGGAGAACCGCCUCGCGCGAGCGUACAUCGAGCGUGCAUCCAUCAACGACUACUCACCCGCGGGCGUGCCUAUGCACCUGUCCCUUGAAAAAGGACUUAUGGAGCGUGCGUGGCCGGCGGACGAAGGCGCGUCAUGGGACCUCAUCCGCUUCGCUAGCGUGCUUGCGCGUGCGGCGAAGGCGUGGAUAGCACAAGAGCAGGAGACGACGCCGAACGUGAUCGCAGCGCCAAAGGAAGCCGUCCUUCACGAGAUUGCAGCGAUCAUCAAGGACGCCAUCCAGGCCAUGGAUGAACGCGGCGACAACGAGGAUGUGGAUGACGAAGAAAUCAGCGCGAUUGGCCGCAUCCUGCGCGAAUUAGUCGUCUAUGUCCGCUCUGUGAAGACGCCUGACGGAGGCCUCAUUCCUAUUUCGCUCCACCGUCCGGAUGGCUCGUCUCCCUUUCUCGUGGCCAUUGCCACUAUUCUCGCGCAGGACCUCAAAACCUCGCCAUUGUUCCUGGUCCUACCUUCCAUCAUUCUCUCCAUUGCUGAGCAUCUCCCUGACCGUGACCUGACGCAGUUGUUGAUGACCAUGGCGGAGCGCCAGAGUCUAUCGCCUACAUCACUGUCAUGGCUGGACGAGUGGAACAACCUGCUCACAAUGUCCAGCCUCUUCGCCCCCUCUCGAACGGCGACUCGACAGCACGUCAUGGAGCAGCUGCACUCCGUUUGGGAGUUUGUGAAGGACAUCCCUGCGUACAGGAAACCGCUCGCCACUCUUGUCUUCGACGUAUGGAAGCGGCAUCCUGCAGAGGAGCUAGAGGACAGCAGUACUCUGGUCGUUUGGAAUCUGCUUGCGGAUGAAGCGGUCAUGCGACUUGUCGAGAAACAUGCGGACAACCCGGAUACCGCCGAGUGCGCGGAGCAGGAGGGGCUGUGUGAGGAGAUCCUGGACUUCCUUCUGUCGAUGGCGCUCGAGAGGCAGGACGAAGAGGAUGACACCGCAUCGAUCCGCACGGUAGAAUCCCAGGUCCCGUCCCCUCCGGGAGUUGUUCCGCCAGCGAACUCAGUGUCGACAUCCCCCAUCCUCUCGCGCAUGACAUCUGACUAUCCCGGAACGAGGGACAAGGAGACGUCACUCCCUUCUGUUAUGUCUAUCUUGACGUCGCUCACGUCUGGGGCCCCUUCACGCUCGCAAUCCAAACCCCGGCGAGCGACCAACGACAUGCCCGUAGCCCCGGAAGCAUCACCGGUAAUCACAGCGGAACCUCCACCUUUCACUCCCAAAGCUGUCGGCGCGGUCAUCGGCCUCGUCUCUGUCUUCAGCCAGCUCGUUUUCACGCCCCUCGCGAUUUCGCAAUGCAGCCUGUGGCACGCCAAGCGGAUCUUCGGACAUCUCGUCGAGCUCGUAUCUUCUGCCGGCUGUGUACGCGCCCGACUCACAGUCCUGCAGUUUAUGAUGCGCCUCCGCGUCGACCGGGACCACAGGCUAUACUACACCUCCGCAGAGUACGACAGGGACGGGAACAUUGCCCACCUCGCUGCACUCAUCAAUAGGGCUGAGGUAGGGCCAAGCACUGUCGAGGAUCUUCUGCGGGAUGACGAAAUCAGGAGAGCACGCGCACGCGCGCCGCCACAAGAAAGAGACGGACGGAGACCCUCGCGCGGACGUGGUGCCCCCCGGAUGGACGCGAGCAGGAGCCGUUCGCGUGUCCCGGCGCGCGUCCUCCCCACUGCGAUGCUCAGGCUGAAGCCCCGCGAACCGCUCUGGUCCAUCCCGGAGGCCCUCUCGCUUUCUGUGAUGGCGUCAGAUGUGGCCAGCGAGGGUAUGAAUUCAUUCGACCCGAGCAAUCCUGGCCAUAACGAGGCGGUGCUACAGCUCUCGGUGUAUCUCUCCAAGCUGGUGGAGAUCAUCGAGACGGAGCGGGACUGGGAGAUCCUCUCGUACGUGCUCUGCCAUCUCCCGACACAGCUCGCGAACAAGCACCUCUUCUGCGGCCCGCGCUCCAAGAUUGUCAUUUCCAGACUCCUCGCCUCACUUUGCUCUGGCAUCACCGACGGCACUCUCGCGACGAAGAUCGAGCGGUGGCCAGACGGGAUCAUCUCGCGCGACGCGCAGGGCCUUGCCUUCCACACACUCAACGUGCUGAUCAGCUACAAGCGCUGCUUCGACAACGCGCAACAGCUCCACCACCUCGUCGAGGUCUUCCUCAUGGGCCUCAACGGCCAGCCGUCGACGCAGCGGUGCUGCCUGCACGCGCUCUCGCUCGCCGCGUUCGAGCUGAAGCCGUCGAUGGCGAAGCACCUCUCACGCAUCAUGGAGAAGCUGUCGCAAAUCAUGUCGAACCCUGCAAUGGCCGUGCACAUCAUCGACUUCCUCGCCAUCGUCGGCUCCCAGCGCGCGCUCUAUGUCAACUUCACCGAGGGCGACUACAAGAUGGUCUUCGCGGUUGCGCUCAAGUACCUCGAGAACCACAACCGCGCGGACGGCUCGCUCUCGAUCUCGUGGGCGCUCUCGCAGCACGUGCGUAUCAUGUCGUACUACAUUGUCUACGUCUGGUUCCUCGCUGUCGACCUAGAGGACCGGCACAAGCACGUCAGCUACAUCGUGCGGCAGCUGCUGCUUGCGAACAGCAACAAGACCAACGUUGAUGCGCCAACCGAGGUUGCAUUUGACUGGCUCGCACGCUACACCUAUGCGAGCGCAGACCCGCGACCAGCGAAGUCGACGUUGGACGAGAUCGUGAUGAACCCCAACCUGCAGAGCAAGGGUUCCGAGCCUGCUAUCAGCGAGAAGACGUGGAUCCUGGGCAACUCAGUCGUUACUAUCCGCGCGCUUGCGAGGCGCGGAUGGAUCGAGGUACUGUCGCGCCGCGCGUCCGGGAUGACAAAGUUCCUCGUCCGAGCGGAGAACAUCCCCAUGGUUCCUUUGGGCGACGUCGACCCGGACCUCGUGUCCAUCUCGGCCACACUCAUGAUGGAUCGAGAGGAUAAUGGCGAGGACGGCACCUGCGAGGAAGAUGCAACGAACCAGUUUGUAGGGAAUCCAAGUCUGGACGAGGUCAAGGGCGCGCUCGGCGAAACUGCACAGGCUGUAUUGAGCGCCUCUCGUCCAGAUCCCAUAACCGGCUAUGUCUGGAGUGGCAGCGCGCCAUCGCAACGGCGGAAAGAAGUUGCCAUCGACCCCAGCUACUUCGCUCUGCAGUUGUCUGCGUAUCCCGAUAAGCGACCAACGGGACGCGGACGCCUUGUGAAGGACAAGUCCAAGCUCGCCAGUUUCUUCCGCAUCUUCGACCGGAUGCCCGUUAUCGACACGCACAAGGUCGGUGUGAUGUACGUCGCGCCUGGUCAACAGACCGAAGCGGAGAUCUUGCGGAACACUCACGGCUCCCCCGCAUACACGCGCUUCCUCGAAGGGCUCGGACGUCUGAUCAACCUGCGUGGGCAGGUCGACGUCUACGACGGCGGGCUCGACCCAGACGUGGACGGCGAGUACGCGUACGCCUGGUGGGACGACAUCGGCCAGAUCCUCUUCCACACCGCGACGCUCAUGCCCACCGGCGACGACCCGAACUGCAUGGCCAAAAAGGCGCACAUCGGGAACGACUACGUCCGGAUCGUCUGGAACGACUCGGGGCGCCCGUACCGGUUCGACACGCUCGCGACGCAGUUCCAGUUCGUGAACAUCGUCAUCGAGCCGCACUCGCGCGGCGCGAUCGCGGCCUUCUCGAACAACCUGCACGAGCACGAGUACUUCAAGGUUACCGUCCAGCGUGCAGAGGGCAUGGUCGAGUUCACGCCCAUCGGCGACUUCAAGCUCAUCUCCGCCGCGAACCUCCCGCAGCUCGUCCGCCAGCUCAGCCUGCUCUCCGACUGGUUCAUCGCCGUGUGGCAGAACACCGGCGGGGACAAGCGGCGCGACGAGGUCAUCACGAACUGGCGCUCGCGCCUGGAGGCCAUCCAGCGGUUCCGGGACCAGACCUUGGCUGCGGACAAGGAGCCCGAAUCGGACACGGUCGAUGGUCUCGCCGCACAGCAGCGCCUCUGCGACUUCUCGACGGCCUACUAGCCCUGUAUCCUCUUGUAUGACAAUACGACGAAGCACGACGACGACGACAACGGCACGGACGCAGACGGACGUCCCCACUCUCCUUUCUCUGUUUCACCCCCUUUGCUUACGCUCACGUUCACGUUCCUCAUAUCACCUGUUUGUUUUUACUUUGGCUUUCUCGACGCAUCUGUAGCAUUCAGCGCAUCAUACCACCACGCCUCAUCAUCUCUCGCCACAUCUACUCUGCACGCG